GGGGGCGGGCGGGGGCCGAGGGCAGCGGGAAGCCGGGCCGGGCGGCAAUACCGGAAAAUAACCCACGGUCCCUCAGCUGGUGGCGGUCGCAGCCCGCGGAGCGCAGCCGGCGCUGCCCCGGAGCGCCCAGCCCGCUGCGGCGGAGCCGAGCCGAGCCGAGCUGAGCGGCCGGGCCCAGCGCCGGGGGCCGAUGCCGAGGAGGAGCUGACAGCGGCGGGGGAAGCGGCGAGGCAGACGCGGAAAUGGAUUUACGGUCGGGAGUGGCCGUGUGGGUCCUGUGCGGCUUCCUCCUGCAGCAGGGCCGGGGGGAGCGCUCCCCUGGCUCCCACCUGGACGAGACCGCCAUCGCAGCAGAAUUCUGCCGCAUUGACAAGCCCUUGUGCCACGAUGAAGACGAGCAGCUCAGCUUCGAAGCCGUCCGCAACAUCCACAAGCAGAUGGACGACGAUGCCAACGGCAACGUGGACGUAGAGGAGAGCGACGAGUUCUUGAGGGAGGACUUGAAUUACCAUGACCCAACAGUCAAGCACAGCACUUUCCAUGGAGAAGACAAGCUCAUCAGCGUGGAAGAUCUCUGGAAGGCCUGGAAGACAUCUGAAGUGUAUAAUUGGACAGUUGACGAGGUGGUUCAGUGGCUCAUUACCUACGUAGAGCUGCCACAGUACGAAGAGACCUUCAGAAAGUUGCAGCUGAGUGGACAUGCCAUGCCCAGGCUAGCAGUGAACAAUGUUACCAUGAUGGGAAGUGUUCUGAAGAUGACAGACCGAAGCCACAGGCAGAAGCUGCAGCUGAAAGCUCUUGACACGGUGCUGUUUGGGCCUCCUCUCUUAACUCGACACAACCACCUGAAGGACUUCAUGCUGGUGGUGUCCAUCGUCAUCGGAGUGGGUGGCUGCUGGUUUGCCUACAUCCAGAAUCGCUAUUCAAAGGAGCACAUGAAGAAGAUGAUGAAAGACCUGGAGGGACUCCACAGAGCUGAACAGUCUCUCCAUGAUCUUCAAGAAAGGCUGCAGAAGGCUCAGGAGGAGCAUCGCUCUGUGGAAGUGGAAAAGGUGCAUCUGGAGAAGAAACUGCAAGACGAGAUCAGCAUCGCCAAGCAGGAGGCACACCGGCUCCGAGAACUGCGGGAGGGCACAGAGAAUGAGCUGAGCAGGCAGAAAUACGCUGAGCAAGAACUGGAGCAGGUGCGGAUGGCGCUCAAGAAUGCCGAGAAGGAGCUGGAGUCGCACUGCAGCUGGGCUGCGCCCGAGGCCCUGCAGAAAUGGCUCCAGCUGACCCACGAGGUGGAGGUCCAGUACUACAACAUCAAGAAACAGAACGCGGAGAAGCAGCUGCUGGUGGCCAAGGAAGGGGCUGAAAAAAUUAAAAAGAAGCGAAACACCCUGUUUGGAACAUUUCAUGUUGCUCACAGCUCAUCUCUAGAUGAUGUUGAUCAUAAAAUCUUAACUGCAAAGCAAGCGCUGAGCGAAGUGACGGCUGCGCUGCGGGAGCGCCUGCAUCGCUGGCAGCAGAUAGAGCUGCUCUGCGGCUUCCAGAUCGUCAACAACCCGGGCAUCCACACCCUGGCCUCAGCCCUCAACAUUGACCCCAGCUGGAUGGGCACCCCGCGCCCUAACCCCUCACACUUCAUCAUGACUGAUGACGUGGACGAUUUGGACGAAGAGAUCGUUUCUCCCAUGUCCAUACAAUCUCCUGCCCUGCCCAGCACAGUUCGCCAGCGCCUGGUGGACCCACAGCACGCCCACGGAUCUCAGAGAGGAUCCGGUGCAAAUAAGGUCAGAGCUGUUCUGAUUUUGAAGGGGGUUUUUUUAAUGUUAAUGAAGGGGACAGGGUGUCCCUGGGGGGGAGAGGGAUUGGAGGCUGCCGUGUGCACAGAGGUUUCUGCUGCCAGCGCCUGCUUCAAGUGGUACCUGUGGAUAAACCUGGUGGAGAUGGGAGUGUAGGACCAACCCCCCCGCUGGUGGCCCUUUUCCAACGGGGAAGGGAGGUGGCAGCCAUAGCAAAAGGAGAGUGUCAGUAAUCCCAUGAAAAGAGUAAAUCACAGCCCUUGCAGAAUCGAAGGGGAGAAAUUGCUGUUGGAUUUGCACUGUAGAGGCUGUUCCUAAGCCUCUGACUGUGCCUCGUCGCUGAGCACAGCGGAGGAACUAAGCCAUGCAGCAAAUCUGACUGCCUUAGGGGAAGCCUUUGCUGCCCCGGUGCCGCGUCCUCGCCAGGUAUAUAACGUACAGCCUUGCAGCUACGGGUAGAGCUUGUGGUACAGGCAGCAAAGUCUGUUUGAGGCUGGUAGACCAAGCCCUGCUUUAGUGUCAGAUGCCCUUGAGCUGCUCCUAAGCUUUCCUAGAGCCUGUGUCCUGGACUGUACAGACAGCAGGAGCCCGCCCAGAGAGCUCGUUCAAUGAGCUGCAGACUUGAGGAAGAAUAAAUAUUUAUUCCAGAUCAUCCUCCUGCCCUCUCCCCUCUUUCUCCACCACUACCAGCCUUCCUUUACUCCAUGCCUUGCUCUGCUUCUUUUGUUUGCAAAGUCAGUCCAUUCCCAUUUUCUCACCCUCUCUCAUUCACCGUGGUCGGUUCGGAUUCCUGGAGUGGCGAGGCGGGAAGCGCAGGUGAAAGCGGAUAAAAGAGCGGCAGCAGCGCACGUGUCCUGCCUUCACCUAGGUGAACGCUGUUGGCUUCGGUGUGCCCAGCGACAUCAAAAAGCAAGCAGGGAACACUGCAGCAGUGCGUUUCGGAUUGAGGAACAUGUGGUCUUAAGUGAGGCUCUCAGGUAUUUUCACGUUCAGUUGGUGGUCUGCGGGUUUCAGGAGGGAUGAGCGUUCGGUAGUGCCUGCUGCACCGCAGAAGCGCUUUCUCUGAAGGCACCUUCCCGUGAUACCAUCGAGGCUGGCUGGGCCCGGGGCCGCAGUUCCUCUGAAGAUGGGCCGUACCGAUUCAGGAGCAUGUGUCGCAUGAAAAUUAGCAGGAUAUAUGCUACCCCUUGUUGGCUGAGCCUCACCCAAGAUGACCGGCAGUAUCCUGGCAAUGUUCUCUCCUCCCUUCUUGUCCCGGCCUGGGGCUCGGGAGCAUCCCCUCCUCCUUGCUCUCUCUGGCAAAGCCAGCGUGCAUCCCAGCGAGUCGUGUCCCUGUGACGCACACCUGCCCUGUCGGGCGCUUACCCUUGGGAACCGCCAGAAGGGAUCAUUUUGGGCUGUAGAAAGCCCCAGCAAAAGUUUCCAGCUGCUGGUGUUCAGUUCUGAAAGUCAGCCCCAGCUCUUGGGUGCCCCAGCGGGGACGCAGGUCCCUCUCUGCACGUCCUGGUCCAUCGGCUGUCGGGGGGGGUUAAUGGCCCAGCCGGCCCCUUGGGUCGUCCCCUGCCGCUGCCCGGCAUGGUGAGCGCUCUGCCGUGUGCUGGCACGGCGCGCCUGCGUCUCGGCUGCCGUGGGUUGAGCUGCAGCUUCACAGAGCGGCGUGGGGGCUGCUGCUGCUGCUGCUCAGGGUCUUCUCUGCUGCCCACCGCUGAUGUGCCACUUGGCGUGCUGGUGUCGGCAGUCACCAGUGUCUUGCCUCUACCCUUCGGGAAUAUGUUCCUGAGUUCCAGCUGGAUAGGUUAUGGAUAAAAUGGGGUAGCUUGGCACCACUGGGAUAUUGGAAAAGUGUGCUUGUGGGCUGUUUCCCCUGGUCAGCUACUGCAGUUCCCCUCUGGACAGCAAGAGAGAGCCCAGAGAGAAAAAAUCGUGGUCCAACAAGGUUGGACCAAGCAUGGCACCCAGUGCGGUGCCGGCCAUCCGCUCUGGAGCAGGACGUCCCCAGGGAACAGCAGCGACAGCCACACCUGCCAUGGAGACGUGACCCACAAACCCACCACCCCCGCUGCUGCCCAGGGACCCUCUGCUGCGGUGAGAGCGGUCUCAGGAAGAGACGCGGCAGCCAUGGUACGUGCCGACGACCUGCUCCGAGCUGUUUGCCGGCAGCGGCCAGCGCAGCGUUUUGCCUCUGUCUCCCCGGGGCGCAGGACCAGCUGUCCCAGGAUCAGGUUCCCAGCGUCUGCGCUCAGGGGAAGAAAAUCCUCCUGGACCGGAGGAUGUUUCUCCAUCUGCUGUCGUCAUUUUCUCCACAGGCUGCCGUAGCCGUGGGAUUUGCUUUUGUCUCUUCUGGAUUUAAAAACUCUGCAGGACCUGGUGAGAGAGGGGGAGAGGCUCACCAGAUGGCCUCUGAGCUGAUGGGCAUUUGCAGAUCUUAUCGGGAAGAAAACUCACCUUCUUCACAAAUAAGGGGUUUUUUGAAGUCACCUCAGUUAAAAAAAUUAUUUUUUGCUGUCUUUGCUAUUAUCUCAGGUUUUCUUAAAAAGAUUUCUUUCCGCUGACACCCACCCAGAUACCUUUGUGAUUGCAGCAGCCAGUAGAGAGAUUGGGUUGAUUUUUACCAGAAAAGAAUAUUCUUUCUUGGAGUUAUAACCUUGAAUUUCAAACGAACAGGCGUUGCUGUCUAAACCUGCCUUCUCUACCACGGCACACUGCGUCCGCAAUGCUCAGCCACUCCAUCGGGUGAACUUCAGCAGCGGGUGCUCUGCUCUGGCGCGGUGGUCCUUAGGGAGGAGCUCCCCGGGGAAGCGGUGAUCCGGCCGACCACAGCGGCACGCCAGCCUGGCGGGAUCAGCUGGAAUGAGUCCUGCCUGCCCAUAGUCCCGGCUCAGAUCAGCGGCGUUUCCACACCAAGGUUUUGCCCCACUGCCUGUCCCGUGCUGCCUCACCCGUGUGCCCGUACGGUGGUGGCCGAGCAGAGUCUGGAUGGAGCCUUUUCCCCCGAACUCAACUCUGCAGGCAGUGGGGAUGGGCAGCCGCAGGCAGCUCGGAAGAUGCAGCUUCUGCAGCAGCAUUGCUCCCUCUCCUCGGUGUGCUGGGACCGAGCGCUGGCCGGGGGGACGUACUGGCCGCUGCCUCCCCUUGCUCAGCGUCGGUGUGUAGGGCUGGUGCCAAGCCAUGUGGCCAAAGCCUGCUUUGUUUUCCUAGAAAGGGAGCACUCCCCAGCUAUUUGUGGAGGAAAUAAACCUCUGAAAGCGCCUGUUCAGCACCGACUCGCCAAGCGGCGUGUCUCUCAACAGCAGCUCAGCACACGCACGCGAUGGCUUCUGCCAGCCUCCCUCGAGAGAGGUGACACGACGAGUGGCCUGGCAGAAAUUCCCCCUUCGCGGGUGCAUUAAGCACCGACACGGACCAGAAACGUUCAGGAGGAGCACGAGGCUCCGAACUUCCUAAAGGAAAGGGGUCGGGUUGUUGUGACUGCAGUGACUUCUGUCUGCCGCAUUUACUAGCAGCAGCCUGAGGUCUGGAGCCCCCCGCCGUCCACCUUGUAGAAGAUGGCUCUCAAAUACUCCCACGUUCAGCCCCAUCGUGUUUUAUUGAUGCUGCUGUUCCCGAAGCUGACUGCCCGUGACCCGGCUCCAGUUAUCCCAGUGAAAGCUGUGGGCCACGAGCCGUGACCGUGACCUUCUGCAGAGCUGCAGGAUCUGCUGGUGGCGCUGGGGAAUCGGGAGCUCCCAUGGCUCCGUACGGUGUGUGUCAGCGCAGUUGUCUCCCUUGGAUGGCCUCCAAGAUGCUCACUCGGAAUAGCUGGGGAUUUCACACCAUCCAAAUUGUUCGGUUCCUGUUCCCCCCGCCUGCUGCUAACCUUGAGGAUGCGGUUCUCCGUCGCUCAGCUGUCAGAUGGGCUCAGUUGUGUGUGUGGGAAAGGCAGGGACUGUUCCAGCAAUGCCUGGGGCUGUUUUCUUCUUGUUAAAGUGAGAGGUGAGACAGGCUCCGCAGCCGGGCUCUCACAGCGGAUCCCGGGCUGUAUCCUACCCAUCCACGAGGGUUUUUAAUACCCCCUUCCACCAUACGUUCUGACAGAGCUGUUAAACAAAGGUCCGAGUUUAUUGAGUGGGUUGUGUUAAAAAAUACCUUUGUUACCAUGACGGGGACAAUGAUCUGAGGAGAAUCUUUCCUGCCUUUUACAAGCACCUCGUGCUAGUACAGUCGUUCUGGGUGACUUGGUGGUCCCUUGCUGCAGUCGCUUUUCCUGAAACGCCCGCCCAGUUCUGCCUGGAGGUCUCCUCAUGCACAAGCUCUGAGCCGAGGGCGUCUUCUCUCCUCCCGCCUCGCGCUCUUCCUGCCUCCAAACUCCGAUGUUCUUAUGCCGGUAUCAUAAGAGAGGAACACGGGCCUCUUUGCUGUGCUGGGUGGGCUUGGUGCUGAGCAGGGCACAGAGACCCACGUCCUGGGGGGAUCUGUGCCGGGAGCAGCAUGGGCCGAGGAACCGGUGAGCAUCUCCCAUCUCUUCUCACACCCUUUUGCUUCUCCUCCUCUUUGCUCCUUUCCUCUCCAUCCACCUUUCCCGUUCCGUACUACCUGCUUCCAGCCGGUGCAGACCCUGAGUAAGAGGGAAGGGCCGGGUCCCCUCGCAGCCCCCCUCCCUGCCUGUGCCUGCCUGUGCCUGCCUGUGCCUGCCCUGUCAGGCAGGAGGGACGGCCGUGCGGCCCCCAAGUCUUGAGGCCGGUUAGCGUAGGUGGUAGCGAGAGCAGCAUAGCUCUUUGUCCGGCUGCACGGGCACACUACCAGGUUUCGGCAGGGACGGAGGGGAUGUCGGGCUGGGCUGCAGCAGCGUUGCACCCAUGCGGGUGAUCCCGGCUGGAAGGAGUAGGCUGUGACCUUGCAUUUCUCCCUUCCUCCUACCUCCCACUCUCCACUGCAAAAAGGAUCUGGGAGCCCCUCGGGCUGGCGCAGCAACGCUCUCACGCCUUUUGCAAUCACAAGCAGGCACCAGGCUGGGGGCACAAACCGCUGUGCAGCAGAGGCUCUGCAGGCAGCGACCGCAGGCAGCGACCGCAGGCAGCUGCGUGUCAGGAGCGCGCUCGGGCAUGGCUUUGUGCGGGAAAGCCGAAUCCCUAAUUCCUCCCUGUGGGAUUAGAGGUUUGCACCAGCUGAGCCAGGAAAAGGGGGAAACUGGGUCUGGCGCUUUC